GACAUCAACAGCACCAGGGCAGCCCGCAAGAGUGAUACUCAUCUCCGUGGAGACAUGAGGUGUCCGCAGCUCCUGUUUGUGUGUUGGUGCUCCAGCAUCCUCGCAGUGACCAGCUGCAUCAGAGUUGAUGGAUAUUCAUGUGUGUCUGACUUUUGGAAGAUAGUUACUUGUGUCCUGAACAUCACUGGUAAUACUGUGGGACAGUCCAGCAACACCACAUACAACCUGAAAUUCAUUGACGUUGGUGCCUAUCCCAUUGAUGGGAAUACCACUUGUCCACUUGUGUUGAUGAACAACAGUUACAGAGCUGACUGUAAAGUGGUGCAAAGCGUUUUUUCCAUUCACAAUAAGUUCGACAUAUACAUUUGUACUAAGUCUGGCUGCCAUAUUCUUGUGAGCCGUUAUUCAGCAUCAGAGCACAUUCAGCUGGAAUCCCCCAAUAAACCUGUGGUCCAAGAAACACCAGAAGCUUUUAACAUCACUUGGAACAGUUCAUAUGAGGGCCAUCGAUACUUCAGAAAUAACCUUUUCUAUGAACUGUUACUUCAAAAAUCUCAAAGCAGUUGGAGCCAACUCCUCAACUCACGUGAGAAGCUUAUAUCGAUUCAAAAAUCACAACUUGAUGCAUCUGCUACAUAUUGCAUUAAAGUGAGAUCUCAACCUAAUGCUAAAGAUGGCUAUAAAGGAAAGUGGACUGAAUGGAGUCCACAAGAAUGUUGGAAAGAUAACGUGCAAGAAGCUUUCUUAGAACAAGAAAAUAUAUCAGUCACAUUGACCAAAUCUCUGGGCCCCGUGUGUCUGGCUGUUGGAGUUCUGCUGUUUGUUUUCUACAGUCCUGCUGCAAGAAUGAAGAUAAAGACUCUGUCCCAUACACCAUCACCAGCUCCCUUCUUUCAACCUCUGUUUCAACAACAUGAAGGGAAUAUGAAGGAAUGGUUUUCACCUCAAGGCAAAGUUGCACUAACAUACAAAACUGAGGAGAUCUUGAUAACUGAUGAUGUGAUUGUUGAGCUGAAACCCAUCACAAAAGAGCCAGAAGAUAACCAGGAUUUCCACAACCCUUCAGUAAUGCAACUGGCAUUCAGUCAGUGUCAAACCUCCUAUGUUGGCUUACCUGGGAUGCUUGAGCCCCCCCAGCCUAUAACUAUGGUCUGUCCAGGGGACACCUCUUACACUCAGCUCCCUUGCUCUGUCUGGGGCAUAGGAGAAGUACAAGUUGUGUCCUCUCCACCUCAAGAUGUCUUAGAUAUCAGCCAUACUGACUCUGGCUGCAGCUGUGAGGACCUGACCCAAAGCACAGAGUGCAGUUUACCAAACAGUCCUGUUGAUGAUGGUUCACCCCACUGUUUCUCUAAUGAUUACUGCAUUCUCAACAAAACAGCAGAGGGGGUUGUUCCUGUUUUAGUGUCCAAAUGAAAAAGCCUGAAUGUUCCAUCUGAAUCCCUGCAAAGGGAUGACAGCUAAAAUAGGAAAAUAUCUUGUCAGUUGGCCUGGAGAAAGAGAAAUUCACAGGAUUGGUGACACUGGUUGCAGUGGCUUUGUAUCAAAUUUAUGUAUAAAAUCAGACUUUAAGGCAUGGCUGAACUUUUUUAUUUGCCUUGUUUAUACAUUGUGUGUUUAUGCUUUGGAGGAAAAUAUCAACUUUGCAAUUGUUUUAUUUGCUUGAGAGCAAUGCUUUUAGAUAUUUGCUAGGCCAUCAUCAAUCUUUGAAUUGUUAAUUUUUUGUUAUUGAUCAACAACAAGGGUGUUGGCACUGCUCCUAAAAUAAAUAGGAUGAAUCAAAUGCUGAUGAUGUACUGUAUUUCCUUGAGGGGAUCAA